UUAAAGACUGAUUUUAAGGGGUGUGACCAGGAGGUUUUGGACUCGAUGAGUUUCCACCGAAAUGUCGGAGAAGUCAGGCCAGAGCACAAAAGCAAAGGAUGGGAAAAAGUAUGCAACACUCAGUUUAUUUAAUACUUACAAAGGAAAAUCAUUAGAAACUCAGAAAACUACAGUUGCAGCUCGACAUGGGUUACAGAGUCUUGGAAAAGUUGGAAUUUCACGGCGUAUGCCUCCACCAGCUAACCUCCCAAGCCUCAAAGCAGAAAACAAAGGCAAUGAUCCUAAUGUAAACAUUGUGCCUAAAGAUGGCACCGGAUGGGCAUCAAAACAAGAGCAACAUGAAGAAGAAAAAGCACCAGAAGUGUCACCAGCACAGCCAAAACCUGGGGUAACAGCUCCCCCAGAAGUAGCUCCUGCUCCCAAAUCAUGGGCCAGUAACAAGCAAGGUGGGCAAGGAGAUGGUAUCCAGGUGAAUAGCCAGUUUCAGCAGGAAUUUCCUAGCCUGCAAGCAGCUGGAGACCAAGAAAAAAAAGAAAAGGAAGCAAAUGAUGACAACUAUGGACCUGGACCCAGUUUACGACCACCAAAUGUUGCUUGUUGGAGAGAUGGUGGUAAGUCUGCCGGCCCAUCUGACCAGGAUGAAAAGCUUCUUAACCAGGAUGAAAACCCAGCUAUAUCAUCAGAACAAAAUGACAUCCUCAAGGUUGUGGAGAAGAGAAUAGCUUGCGGUCCUCCCCAGGCCAAACUCAAUGGGCAGCAGCCUGCCCUUGCUUCCCAGUACAGAGCUAUGAUGCCUCCUUAUAUGUUUCAGCAAUACCCAAGAAUGGCAUAUCCUCCUCUCCAUGGUCCCAUGCGUUUCCCACCCUCUUUAUCUGAAACAAACAAAGGACCUCGAGGAAGGGGCCCUCCCCCUUCGUGGGCCUCGGAGCCUGAGCGCCCGUCCAUCCUCAGUGCGUCAGAACUGAAGGAACUUGAUAAGUUUGAUAACCUAGAUGCUGAAGCUGAUGAAGGUUGGGCAGGUGCCCAGAUGGAAGUCGAUUACACAGAGCAGCUGAAUUUCAGUGAUGAUGAGGAACAAGGAAGUAGCAGUCCUAAAGAGAUCAGCAGUGAAGAUCAAACUUCAAAAGUCUCUGAAAAUACUGAAAACCAGAAAGAAGCAGAAGAAGUUCGAAAUACUAAAUCACCUUCCCAGACACCUGCUCAGCCACCAGUGACAAAAGGACCCUAUGCGAAAGGACCUGCGUUUAGUCAGGAACGAGGACCAUCUUCACACCUACCACCACCUCCAAAAUUGCUUGCACAGCAGCAUCCACCUCCAGAUCGGCAGCCAGUGUCUGGAAGAUCAGGCUCUUUUCCUCCCAAGCAGCAAGUACCUGAUGAAGAUGAGAUAUGGAAGCAAAGGCGAAAACAACAGUCGGAAGUUUCUGCAGCAGUGGAGCGUGCUCGUAAACGGCGUGAAGAAGAAGAGCGCAGAAUGGAGGAGCAGAGAAAGGCGGCUUGCGCAGAGAAGCUGAAGCGCUUAGAUGAGAAGCGUGCCAUUGUGCAGAAGCAACCUUCUCCAGAGGAAAUGCAGAGGGAAAAAGAACGAGAGCGUGAGAAAGAACUUGAAAAAGAACAAGAACAGGAGCGGGAGCGGGAAAAGGAGAGACAGCAGGAAAAGGAGAAAGAGCUAGAGAAAGAGCAGGAAAAACAGAGAGAAAUGGAGAAGGAAAGAAAGCAAGAAAAAGAGAAGGAAUUAGAACAACAGAGGGAAAAGGAGAAAGAACUACAAAAGAUUAAAGAACAGGAAAAGGAGAGUGAAUUGAAGACAGAAAGGGAGACGCUGGAGGAAAAAAUUGAACCCAAGGAAUCUCCUUUAGAGCCUGUGGCAGAAAAACAAGAAAGUGAAAACAGCUGUAAUAAAGAAGGCGAGCCAGUUUUCACUAGACAAGACAGCAAUCGCAGUGAAAAGGAGACCACUCAAGUAGCACACGAAUCAGAACCAGAAUCGGGGUCUCAACCCCGUCCUGCUGUGUUAUCUGGUUAUUUCAAACAGUUUCAGAAGUCAUUACCACCAAGAUUCCAAAGGCAGCAGGAACAGAUGAAGCAGCAGCAAUGGCAGCAGCAGCAGCAGCAGCAGCAACAGCAGCAGCAGGGUGUACUACCACAAACCGUCCCUUCACAGCCGUCGGGUGGUGCUGGUCCUCCGCCACCACACAGACCUCUUUACCAGCCCUUGCAACCUCACCCGCAACAUUUGGCCUCCAUGGGUUUUGAUCCGAGGUGGCUGAUGAUGCAGUCCUACAUGGAUCCUCGGAUGAUGUCUGGAAGACCUGCUAUGGACAUACCACCCAUUCAUCCUGGAAUGAUUCCUACGAAGCCAUUAAUGAGAAGAGACCAGAUAGAAGGAUCACCAAACAGUUCUGAGUCAUUUGAACAUAUAGCUCGAUCUGCAAGAGAUCAUGCAAUUUCCCUUUCUGAGCCUCGUAUGAUGUGGGGGUCAGAACCCUAUCCUCACACUGAGCCUCAGCCUGCAACUACUCCAAAGGCUCCUGAAGAACCUGAAGAGCCAAGGCCUGAAACUGCAUUGGAGCAGGAGCACAUUUCUGCUGCUUACCCCGUGGAACACGGUCAGCUGGAAGCACAUCCAAAAACAGACUGCGUCAGACCACCAGAUGACACGGAAGUGCCUAAGUUUUUAAGCAGAUCUGUGGAAGACAUCAGACCUCACCAUACUGAUACAAAUAAUCAGUCUGGUGGCUUUGAAGUACCUGAUCAAAAGACCUUAUCUACUCCAGCAGAUGAGAGGAUCUCCACACUAGAAAGUCAACCUGCUCGGAAAAGAAGUGUUUCCCAUGGAUCUAGCCAUACCCAAAAGUCAGAGGAGCAAAGAAAUGAGUCGCCAUCUGUAAGCAUUCCUAAAGUAACAAGCAGAUGUCUUGAUUCAAAAGAGGCGUCAGAAAGACCAGAGGAGAAGCCGAGGAAGGAAGGCUUUAUAAGAUCCUCUGAAGGACCAAAACCAGAAAAAGUAUAUAAAUCUAAAUCAGAAACUCGCUGGGGCCCAAGGCCAUCCUCCAAUAGAAGGGAAGAAGGUAAUGAUAGACCUGUGAGAAGAUCAGGUCCCAUUAAAAAACCCGUUCUUAGGGAUAUGAAGGAGGAGCGCGAACAAAGGAAAGAGAAAGAAGGGGAAAAGCUUGAGAAGUUUCCUGAAAAGGUGGCUAAACCCGAAAAGAUCGAAAAAAAAGAUCUCCCUUCUCCCCCACCACCUCCCGCGCCAAUUCCACCACAGCCAGUUCCACCAGUACAGCCAGAACCAGAAAAAGAGAAAGUACCUUCAACAGAAACGUCAGCUUUGGCUCAAAAGCCUUCUCAAGAUACUGAGAAGCCUUUGGAACCUGCGACUAGUGUUCAGGUAGAGCCUACAGUUAAAACUGCAAACCAACAAACUGUUGUAGCACCAACCUCCAAGGAAGAGAAACAGCCUGAGAAAAUCAUCAGCAAAGAUAUUGCUACAGAUAGACCUCGACAGGACUCAAGACCAGUAGUUUCCAAUAGGCCCCCUAGGACCUAUUGGAAAGAAGCUAGAGACAGAGAUUGGUUUCCAGAUCAAGGGUAUAGAGGCCGAGGACGAGGUGAAUAUUAUUCAAGAGGGCGAAGCUACAGAGGCUCUUACGGAGGACGUGGCCGGGGUGGUAGAGGGCAUGCGCGAGACUAUCCUCAAUAUAGAGACAGUAAGCCCCGAACAGAACAUGUGCCCUCAGGCCCUCACAGACAGCGAGAAGAAAGCGAAACGCGAAGUGAAAGUUCUGAUUUUGAAGUUGUCCCCAAAAGGAGGAGGCAGCGGGGUUCAGAGACUGACACAGACAGCGAGGUUCAUGAAAGUGCAAGUGACAAAGACAGUUCAAGCAAAGGCAAACUGCCCAAAAGAGAGGAGCGAUCUGAGAACAAAAAACCCAUAAAGCCCCAGUCCUCUUUCAAACCUGAAAGUCACGUCCGAGUAGAUAACAGGCCACUAGAAAAGCCUUAUUUAAGGGACGAUGAUAAAUCUAAACCAGGCUUCCUACCUAAAGGAGAGCCAACCAGGCGCGGCAGGGGGGGCACCUUCAGACGUGGUGGGAGGGACCCAGGAAGCCGUCCUUCACGCCCUUCUACCCUAAGGAGACCUGCUUAUAGGGAUAAUCAGUGGAAUCCAAGGCAAGCAGAGGCUCCUAAAACAGAGGAUGGAGAGACACCAAGAAGACAUGAGCAGUUUAUUCCUGUACCAGCAGAUAAACGGCCUCCGAAGUUUGAGCGAAAAUUUGACCCAGCUAGAGAAAGGCCUCGAAGGCAACGCCCUACCCGACCACCAAGGCAGGACAAGCCGCCUCGGUUCAGACGGCUUCGAGAGCGGGAGGCAGCCUCAAAGCCAGAUGAGGUCCCAGUGCCCACAAGCAGCACCAUGAGUAGUGGCGUUCAAGAGCCAGUUAGUGCUUCUGGGGAUAUUUCUGGGAAUAAGACACCAGAUUUAUCUAAUCAGAACUCUUCCGAUCAGGCAAAUGAAGAAUGGGAGACAGCCUCUGAAAGCAGCGAUUUCAAUGAGAGGCGAGAGAGGGGUGAGAAAAAAAAUGCUGAUUUGAGUACACAGGCAGUUGUAAAGACUGGGGAGAAUGUUGUUCCACCAAAGAGAGACAUAGCAAAGAGAAGCUUUUCUAGUCAAAGACCUGGAAUCGAUCGCCAGAAUCGACGUGGAAACACCGGGCCACCCAAAUCAGGAAGGAAUUUUUCAGGUCCUAGGAAUGAAAGAAGAAAUGGCCCACCAUCAAAAAGUGGGAAGAGAGGGCCAUUUGAUGACCCGUCUGCAGGCACUACUGGUAGUGAUUCUGUCAAUGGCAGUUCUUCACACCACCAGGAAGGAACACCUAAUGGUACAGGCCAAAAGAAUCUCAAAGAUGCCACUGGGAAGAAAAGAGAAGACACCAAACCUGCUCCUAAAAAACCCAAAGAGAAAGUAGAUGCUUUAUCACAGUUUGAUCUCAAUAAUUAUGCAAGUGUUGUUAUAAUUGAUGAUCAUCCUGAAGUCACAGUGGUUGAAGAUCCCCAGUCAAAUUUAAAUGAUGAUGGUUUUACUGAAGUGGUAUCUAAGAAACAACAAAAACGUUUACAGGAUGAGGAACGCCGGAAGAAGGAAGAACAAGUCAUACAGGUCUGGAACAAAAAGAGUACAAGUGACAAAGGAAGAAAUCAGACUUCCAAGCUUCCUCCAAGAUUUGCCAAAAAGCAGGCUACAGGGACCCAGCAAAUCCAGUCUCCUGUCUCCGCUGCAACCACAGCUCCAGCCCCAAUCUCGACUUCAGUUUCCAUUGUGACUCCAACCUCAGCUCCUGCCCCAGCCUCAACCCUAGCUCCAGCUCUAGCAUCUCCUUCAGUUCUGGUUCCAGCCUCAACCCCAGUUCCGGUUCUAAAUUCAACCUCAGCUCCAGCUCCAGUAACCUCCACUUCAACUACAUCCACAGCCUCUUCCUCACCUCCAGCUUCAGCCCCUGCCCCAACCCCUGUCCCUUCCCCAGUUCCUGUCCUUGCUUCAGCCCUAGCCCCAACGCCAGCUUCACCUCCAACCUCAGUGCCAACCCCAUCUGUACCAACCUCCCCAGCUCCAGCCCCCACCACCUCAGUCCCACUUCCACCAGCCGCGGCCGCAUCCCCUUCCCCAGCUCCAGCCCCAGCCCCAGCUCCAGCCCCAGCCCCAGCCCCAACUGCUCCAGCCCCAACUCAGGCACAGACCCACAAACCAAUUCAGAGCCCACUACAAGCUUCAACACCAUCUGCAAAACAACCACCACCUUCAAUUCGGUUACCUUCAGCUCAAACAUCCAAUGGCACAGAUUAUGUAGCUCCAGGAAAAUCCAUUCAGACCCCACAAUCACAUAGCACUCUUACAGCUGAAUUAUGGGAUAAUAAAGUGGCCCCUCCAGCUGUGCUAAAUGACAUCUCUAAGAAAUUAGGUCCAAUUAGUCCACUGCAGCCACCUACAGUCAGUGCAUGGAAUAAACCCUUAACAUCAUUUGGAUCAGCUACUUCAUCAGAGGGGACAAAGAAUAAUCAAGAGAGUAGCGUUGAAAUUGGAAUUGACACGAUUCAGUUUGGUGCUCCAGCUUCAAAUGGUGGUGAAAAUGAAGUAGUCCCUGUGCUUCCUGAAAAAUCUGAAAAGAUACCUGAGCCUAAAGAGCAGCGGCAGAAACCGCCACGGGCAGGGCCUAUCAAAGCCCAGAAGCUUCCAGAUUUGAAUCUCAUAGAAAACAAAGAACAUAAACCGGGUCCCAUUGGAAAGGAAAGGUCACUCAAAAAUAGAAAAGUAAAAGACGCCCAACAGGUGGAGCCAGAAGGGCAAGAGAAGCCCAGCUCUCCUACAGUCAGAAGCACAGAUCCUGUUUCAACAAAGGAAACCAAAGCAGUCUCUGAGAUGUCUACUGAAAUCGGAACAAUGAUCUCUGUGUCAUCUGCAGAAUACAGUGCUAAUGCAAAGGAGUCUGUAACAGAUUAUACUACACCUUCUUCUUCUCUGCCUACUACUGUGGCUACUAAUAGUACAAAGAUGGAGGAUACUUUGGUUAAUAAUGUCCCCUUGCCCAGCACUCUGCCCCUCCCCAAGAGGGAGGCUGCACAACAGAGCUCCAGCCUCACUUCCGUUCCUCCCACUACUUUCAGCCUCACCUUUAAGAUGGAAUCUGCACGCAAAGCGUGGGAGAAUUCUCCGAGCAUAAGGGAAAAGGGGUCUCCAGUAACCUCCACAGCUCCCCCACUGGCAGCUGGAGUCAGCAGUAGCACUAGUGGACCCGGCCCUGCUAACUACAGUUCAUUCUCUAGUGCGUCUGUGCCUCCGAUUCCUGUGGCUUCUGUCACUCCUACAACAUCACUGUCUGGAGCUGGUACAUACACUACCUCUUCUUUGAGUACAAAAUCUACGACCACAUCAGACCCUCCUAAUAUUUGUAAAGUGAAACCGCAACAGUUACAGACAAGCAACCUGCCUUCUGCAAGUCAUUUUUCACAGCUAAGCUGUAUGCCUUCUCUUAUUGCCCAGCAGCAACAGAGUCCACAGGUUUACGUUUCUCAGUCUGCAGCAGCUCAAAUCCCAGCUUUCUAUAUGGACACAAGUCACUUAUUCAAUACUCAGCAUGCACGGUUAGCUCCACCACCCCUCGCUCAGCAACAGGGCUUUCAGCCAGGUCUCUCCCAGCCAACUUCAGUCCAGCAGAUUCCAAUCCCUAUUUACGCACCAUUGCAAGGGCAGCAUCAGGCCCAACUGAGUUUAGGGGCUGGACCUGCUGUUUCCCAGGCUCAGGACUUAUUCAGUUCUUCACUUCAACCAUAUAGGUCUCAGCCGGCCUUUAUGCAAAGCAGUCUUUCCCAGCCAUCUGUGGUGCUUUCUGGAACUGCUAUCCACAACUUCCCAGCUGUACAACACCAAGAGCUUGCCAAGGCACAGUCGGGUCUUGCCUUCCAGCAGACUUCAAAUACUCAGCCUAUCCCUAUAUUGUAUGAGCAUCAGCUGGGGCAGGCAUCAGGACUGGGAAGCUCCCAGUUGAUUGAUACACACCUUCUCCAGGCUAGAGCAAAUCUUACCCAGGCUUCAAAUCUUUAUUCUGGACAAGUACAGCAGCCUGGUCAAACAAAUUUUUAUAACACUGCCCAAUCACCAAGUGCUCUCCAGCAGGUAAACUAUGGCAUGGUUACAGUACCUUUGCCAGCAUCCCAGCUUUCCUUGACUAAUUUUGGAUCUACAGGACAGCCUCUGAUUGCUUUGCCUCAGACUCUUCAGCCCCCAUUACAACAUAGCACCCCACAAGCACAGGCUCCAAGCCUGAGCCGUCCUCCACAAGUAGGCCAGGCUUUCCGAGGGUUAAUCCCUGCUGGGACUCAGCAUAGCAUGAUGGCCACCACAGGAAAGAUGUCUGAAAUGGAACUGAAAGCCUUUGGAAGUGGCAUUGAUAUAAAGCCUGGCACACCUCCAAUCAGUGGUAGAAGCACCACACCAACAUCUAGUCCCUUCCGUGAUGGAUUCCUUCCAAGGGCUACUUCAACAAGUCCGAACAGCCAGUCCAGCAAAAUGAGCAGCAUUGUCUAUCAGAAGCAGUUCCAGUCAGCCCCUGCGGCUGUGAGAAUGACACAGCCAUUUCCUACACAGUUUGCUCCCCAGAUUCUCUCCCAGCCUAACCUGGUCCCUCCAUUGGUAAGAGCCCCACAUACUAACACCUUCCCAGCGCCUGUACAGAGGCCGCCAGUGGCUCUGGCCAGCCAGAUGCCUCCUCCGCUGACCACAGGCCUCAUGAGCCACGCUCGUGUGCCACACGUAGCCAGGGGCCCUUGUGGAUCACUGUCUGGAGUCAGAGGUAAUCAGGCCCAGGCUGUGCUGAAGGCUGAACAAGAUCUGAAGGCAAAGCAGAGAGCAGAGGUUCUUCAGUCCACGCAGCGGUUCUUCUCUGAACAACAACAGAGCAAACAGAUAGGAGGCAAAGCUCAGAAAGUGGACAGCGAUUCAAGUAAACCUCCUGAAACACGGACCGACCCUCCUGGUGUUUGUCAGGAAAAAGUAGAAGAAAAGCCGCCCCCUGCACCCGCCAUAGCUACCAAGCCCGUUAGAACUGGACCAAUCAAACCUCAGGCAAUCAAAACUGAAGAAACAAAAUCGUAAAGGCUGUAGUUUCCUGCAGGGUAUGGAGGGAGAAUAGGGAGAAUGAAGUCUGAUAAUGCCAGCAGCCACAGAGGAAAAUUGGUCUGUGACGUUACCUUGUGUAGAGCUUGGAGAGAUGCACAUGGGGCACAGGAGCAGUUACAUUGACACACAGCUGCUGUGCCCGUUCAAAUGAACCUUCGCAAGCUAACAUCUAUACAACUUUCACUCAAUUGAUGGACAUGCAUCUUAAGUCAGAAUGUAUAUACAGAUGCAUGCACAUAGUCCUUGAGUGCAUACACCUUAGAUCUAAAAAUCUCUUAAUGGUUAGGUGAACACCAAAAAUAGGAAGAAAGUAAUACCACAGAGGAUAAACAGUUCAACCUGAACAAUGUGCUGGUCCCAGCUAAUCCAUCAGAACGCUGGGUCUUUACCUCCCUUCCUUGCAUUCUUUGGAGAUGGUUAUGAUGUGGAUGGUUUGGAAGUAAACUAAAGAUAACUGGUGCUGGGUAGAGGAGCCUUAUUUUCUAUUAUGGCAGCUUGCUAUUUUUAUAACAUGGUAAUU